UGUAUUGAAUGUUACAAUAGUCAUAAAUCCUUUUGUGAAAACAAAAUUUCGUAGGAUUGUCCGUGGCAAACAAACGGCUUAGGAAUCCACAGGGGUUCAAAUUCAAGUGUAAUGUUGACUACCAUGCACGGCAUUUUUACAAGGAUUCCUUUAUAAAAGUUUGAAGCUAUAUUUUUUUUGAUCGGGCGUGACACCGUGUCUAUAAUCAGAUUUUUAAAGUAGAUUGCUUGUUAAAAAAAUGGCAUGUCUUAACCAAAACAUCGUCAUUGAGUGUGCGCGUUUGGGGAUUUCUACAGCGAUUUUCAAAACCAAGUAUUCGGCUGUAAACAAAUUGACGGCGUAAAGUUUCCACGUCUUCCUAAACUUCUUCACCGGCCCUGCUGAGAGUUUAUUAUGAUUCAGCUUCGCUAUGAGAAACGCGUUAAUUACGCGCUAAGGGGAAACAUACUAGUUUCGUUCCGCCUAUGAAAAUCCAUGGGAACAGGGCCGAGGUUGGGAAUGAUUGUAUUGUUAUCAGACCUUGCACAGCAGGACUGGCUUAAAAUAAGUUUUAAAAUUAGCCUCAAGUUAAAUCUAUUAAAACGAACUCCGUUAAUUAAACAGUUCUACCAAGUGUAUAUAUAGUGAGAGGCGACAGUGAAUUUUUUCUGCUGAUACAGUGUGAAUAAACUUUAGUCUGUUUAACUGGAAUCGACUUGCAUAGUAAGUUUUAGCUGUGUAAGCAUGUACCACCAGCAGUGUAGUAACCAGUUGGUCAGAUACAGUGGAAUUUUAGCAAUAAUUCCUGUAUAAAAGCUAAAUAAGGGGCGCGCCACAGAGUCUAACGUUUAAUAUGCAAUCAAAAAUAGGUAUUAUCUAAACCGGCUUGCAAUUUUGUCGGACGACCAAACGCAAUAUAUGUUUGGCGAGUACAGUAUACACAGCAGUUACUUUAGUAGUUAUUCCCAGUUGGUUUAACCCGCGUUAUGUUUAGGUUUAUUAUUAAACCAUACAAUUAAUUAAAAGCUAGAGAUCGUUGUGCAAAAUUAUUUACAUCAUUGUUAUUGUUAUACGCUCUUACCCUACAUACGAUAUUUCACCAUGGUACACCAUAAAAGCGAAGGCACAUUUCGUAUUUUAUUGGCCAAUUAAAUUUUACUGCUUUUUAAAUGAAGUGACCGAUUGGACUCUAUUACUUACUAUAACUGAUUUUAAGGCAGUAGUCAUAAAUAUAUAAAAUAUGGAGGGAAAUUCUUCAAUGGGAAAUAUGAUGUCUAUGGAAGGAACGAUGAUGAUGACGAUGACGUUCACAAACCAACUUCCAUUUUUUCUUCUUCUUAAGUCGAUUGAAAUAAGAAAUAACAUGGAACUCGCCAUCGCUGGCUUUAUAAUGUUCCUGCUUGGCGUUUUUUACGAGUUUCUCAAACACUAUCGUCUCUGCCUUGCUUCAAUGACAACAUGCCCAGUCUCGUGCUGCAGCUGCAAUGAGCAACACAGUGACAUUAAGGAGAGCAAAUCAAAUGAAUCAAUUGUUAGGACGAAGUUGGUGGUAAAGCAACCAAUCAGAAACGGAUUGCCCAAGAUCGACGACAGUCGCAUGGAUACUGAAGUAAGAAUCAAAAAAGAGAAGCAAAGGGAAGAUAGUUCACCAAUUCCUCACGGAACGUUGGUCACGAUUCAUUUGAUCGAGACACUAGUUCAUGGCGUGCAGUUGCUCGUUUCUUACGUCAUAAUGCUAUCUGUAAUGACGUAUAAUGUUUCGAUUGUGAUCUGCAUUCUGGCCGGUUGUAUGGUCGGUUACUUCACAUCGAAUUGGCCGGAACGUGGCAGGAGAAGAAAAGCAAGACGCAAUGACAUCAUGACAAGACAGACCGACUGCCAUUAAACUGUACAUAUCGUAGUAAGAUCAGAAAAUGUCGCCAAAAAAAAUAAUUUUCCAAUUCCUCUAUACGAGUACCAUUUGUAGAAAUAUUUUAACCACAAAAGUAGUUUUAUAUGUAUAGCUGCAUAUGGUUACGCAACUGGUAUUUCAAUUGCCUGACAUUAAAUCUGCGUGCACCCAUACGCAAUCCAAUGUCGUCAGUGAUUAUUAGUACACCAGUAUAGUGAUUACAAGCAGUAUAGUUACAAAAUGUUGUACUCAGAAUGAAGAGAGUCCUUUGUUAAGGUAGUGCAUCAUUAUACAUUAAAGCUCGA